CCCAUGACGUCACUACACGUCAUCAAACAAAGAGUAAACAUGUUGUGUUACGUCACUAAAUGUGAGCCCAAUGUGAGCUAAUUACUCGUCGGCCAGGCUAAUGUCAGCUAGCUGAUUAGCUCCCGGUGCUAAGGUUGUCCCUCUACCUGCUUUAGUCUUCCAUCAUGCGGUCGGCGUCUCCUCGUCACGGCUCAUAUAUUCCGUCGUGCUGGCAAACGCCAUCGUCGCCACAGUGGACUCAUGUUCAAGCUGGUCGGCGAGAGAUGUGCGCUUUAAAUGACUUUUGAUGGUAGAAGUGUGAAGUCUACGCUCGGGCGGCCAUCUUGAAUAGACCUGUGGAUCACAGCAGGAAGUCAGCCCGCCUCUCCAAGCUCCUCGCCGGCCGCACAAACCACCAUCAAGACCCCCGCCGUCAGUCGGGGCGCUGACUCAACACGACGCAGAGGUCGUCGAAGAAGAGCACAGAACAACAACAACAACAACAAACUUCUGUACACUGUCAAUAUGAUUUCAACCAGAAGACUAAGCAAGGAGCUUGAGGAAAUCCACAAUUCUGGAUUCAAACAAUUUCGCAACAUAGAAGUGGACGAUGCAAACAUUUUGAACUGGCAAGGACUCAUUGUUCCUGAAAGCCCCCCCUAUGACAAAGGAGCCUUCCGGGUGGAAAUCGUCUUCCCCACAGAGUAUCCUUUCAAGCCCCCCAGGAUCACCUUCAAGACCAAAAUCUACCAUCCCAACGUGGACGAGAAGGGCGGUGUGUGUCUCGGCAUAAUCAGCAUCGAGAACUGGAAGCCAGCCACCAGGACAGCUCAAGUCAUCCAGUGUCUCAUCUCCCUGGUGAACGUCCCGCAACCCGAACGUCCCCUGAGGGCGGACUUGGCCAACGAGUACACGGAAAACCGAGACCUGUUCAUGAGGAACGCCGAGGAGUACACAAGAACACACGGUGAGACGCGACCCCUGGACUGACGGUGCUCCUCGUUUCUUUUAAAGACCUUCCGGCGACUAGUCGGGCUGCGGCAAAAAGAGCAGCUGAAUGUGUCCCUGAACUAUUUUAUGUAUGUAAGCACAAUUGUGUGUCUUCUUAUUACUUUGUCGUCUUACUCUUGAGAGUUGACAAUGUUCAAAACUGAUGAUUGAAUGUGGGUCGGGUGGUGGGACCAAAAGUGGUCCUGGGUCAUGUCUUAGGGCUGAUGAAUGCCUGAAAAUGUGCAGCUUUACUUCCAGCAUGUUGAACUGUGAGUUGUAAAUAAAUGGGAUUUAAAAUCAA